UCACUGACAGCUGUAACUCAAUCAGCUAGACCUACUGCCACAUGCACUACCCAAAUCGGGGCUUCAUAAACACAUUUCUGUUUUGAAACAAUCCACAGCAACAAAAAAGAAGCUAAUGAUCCUCUGUGGCUAUGUCAUGCUCUCUGGUGAAGUAUUUUAAAUUAUUUUAUUUAGAUAGGAGUAAUUAUAUCAUUUUGACGUAACAUCAAUUUACUUUAGGGCAAUCCAGCAUCAUGUCAGUGCACUGUGCACCCACCAACUUUCCUUUCCAAUUUGCAAGAGGCUGAAACCAGAGUUCAGUAUAUAACGACGAGAUGCUCAUGUUUCCACCCUAACGUUGGGUGUCUUUGUUCCAAAGGCGGGAAGGCAGGCAACAAGCUUAUGUCUGUAUAUUAUUUGAAUUGGGUUUAUUCAAGACAGAUUUUGGCGUGAGUGAGCCCUCUCGCGUCUCCGCGCUGAAACUAUACCACCAGAGAAAACAGCCGAUCGAGCGAAGCACCUCCUAUAUAGGUAGCCCUAUCUGAUCCUGUCUGGCCAGAAAUAGUAUGACAUUUCGUCCAGACAGUCUACAAAUACUGAAACAAACAAACCAAUUGUGCGCCGCCUUAUGGGACUCCAAUCACCGCCGAUUGUGAACGAGGGUGUCUGUAGGGACGCCUCCAGCACUGAGACGCAGUGCCUUAGACCGCUGCGACACUCGGGAGCCACAGGUUAUUCUAUACGUCUUCUCUUAACAAAAUGGUCCACUAUUCUGAUAAUUGCUCUGGUGACUUGGAUACAUUUUGGGAUGUGUUGAGAAAUAAAUGUGUGCCAUGUCAUCAACAUCCACAGCAUCCGAUCCGACCAGUCCAAACUGUGGCAGGCAUGAUGAUGGGGGGAAGUCGGAAGGACCGUAUCGGCUAUGUGCCGCCCAGACCUUCAAUAAUGGGAGAUUCGUGAACUGCCAACCCUGUUCGAGCUGCCCCCCAAAUCAUCAAAAGCUGUCCGAAUGCAACGCAACGACCGACACGCAAUGCUGCGGAUCGAGGGACCAGACAGGCUGUUGGAAAGAAGCCCUGGGUACUACGACUCAACAGGUGCAACGGUCAACAACGUUAAGGGUCCAAAUGUCAACAUCAAAUCCCACCAAAGCCAAACACAUUGAUACGACAUUCCAUGGGGAUUCUGCAACUUCACAUGUCAACCAUCAGACUGCAUGGAUAGUGCUUACUGUCAUCUUGGUUCUCUCUGUACUUGCAUUUCUCUUAUUCAUCUAUAUUAAGAAGAGAAGAUCAAGAGCCUUUUGCUUCAGAGAUAAUAUCCUGUAUACCAACCAAAAGUCACGGAGCAGUAGGAGAACAGCAGCUGUCAAUGAAGAGGUUGCUCUGCUACAGUCAGAGACCAGGAGCCUAGAGGACAUUUUGAGUCCUGACCUCCAGUCGGCGCCGCUGCAGACGGUUCUGGACAACCUGGAUGUUCUAGAGGAGCUUGUGAUCCUGCUGGACCCGGAGAGCCCUGGGGUGAAAAACACCAGCCACCUAGCAUCUCGCUGCUCAUUCCCCGCCACCUGGAUUACCUACACCUACUCCCUGAGGGACAGCAAGAGCCCCCUGAGGGCCGUGCUGGAGGGGGUCACCACCAAGCACCCAGACUGGACUGUAGGACAAUUGGCCAGGCUGCUGAGAGAGAUGGACCGGAACGACGCAGUGGUGGUGCUCACCAAGCUCACCUUGCCUAAGGUUGUCUAGUCUGGGUGUGUUCUGUGUUGGGAGCGGAGAAGAUGGCUCCAUCCAGAUACAACCACGAGUCUCUACCACCUGCCAAGGCACUGAGAUAUAACAGGAGGGCCAGUAGGAGGCAUGCUUUCCUUGGGGACCCCAAAGUCCCAAGGCAGUGAAUGGAAACACUGCUCUUUUGCAUUAGGGUUCAAAUAAGAUAAUUAACUGUGAUAACAUGGCACUUAUUACUUAAAGCAGGGAUGUUAACCCCGGUGUCCUGAAAAAGGAGAGCCACACACUCCAGGAGCUCAGAUGCAACAAUCUAAUAACCAACGUUUCAACAGACAAGCUGUCUUCAUCAGGGUAUAACGACAAACACUGCAGGUCACUAGUUUAUAUAGUGUCAAAGGACACACACAGGUGUCUGUAAUCAUGACCGGGUGUGGCUUGACAUCAUUGGUUAAUUUUCAGAUAUAAAUAGAACAUACAAAAAACAUGAAUGGAUAGCAUACAAUCAUAGAUACCAUUUUUGCUACAUAGGCCUACAAACAUUUAUAAUGAAUAGCAAAAUCACAAUAAUCACAAUAAUGGCUUCAGAUCAAAGUGUAUGUUGAGCCCGAGGGGAGCAAGGGUCUUUAAAUGAAAGAUCCAGGCAGCCUCUCGUUUUAAUAAUAAGGGUGGGUGAUGUGUUCGAUGCCGAUAUAACGUAGGGAUGAAAUCGAGUGGUUCACUUUACCACAAGGACAAGUUAAGAUACAUAACACCUUUGAUUGGGAUCUGUUUCCCUGUUUGGGGGCGUUUAAAAGAUCUACAUUUGUAAGUGACAUUGCAUUGAGCACAGCCGUUACAUUUGUAGUUUCCAUCCGGUAGAGGUGCAAAUAGACAUUGUGCAGGGGUAAAUCAGUUUACCAAUUGAGAUUUCUGUCCCGCAAGAAUACGACCAAGGGAGGGUUCGAAAACACAUUACUGAUACCGUCAUCGGAUCUUAGAAUGUGCCAAUGUUUGUGAACGAUUCCCUUAAUUUGUUCAGAGCACUUUGAAUAGCGGGUAGUGAGGACGCAAGAAUGCUUCUUUUUGCGAGACUGUCCUUAAAAGAGAUUAAGGGACAUUUUAAUGUUUGUGCUUUUCUUAACUAAUUUCUGUGUCCUAUACAUGUGCUGUUCUUUAAACCAAUGUCUGUGUUCAUGCAAGUCGCUGACUGUGUAAGUCACACCUAUCAGCAACUGCAAUUUGGCAGUAAGCCCAGACCGUGUUUUGAGAACAAACAAAAGAUCUCAGUUUCAAGGUCUCAGCUUAGAGAAAGAAGCCUUGGGAGGUGUUGGUCUGUCACGUUAUGAAACAGUAUUGGUCAGUCACAUGGAUGAAACAAAACGGUAAUGAUGAAUGAAUUAUGCUAAAUCAUGCAAAUGUAACUAGUCUGUGUAUAGCCGUAUAUAAGACAACUGUUUGGACUGCCCUGGCAGAGUUUUUCCUGACAGACGUGUGUACUAUAGUGCAAUGAGUUGGUUGGAACCUUUCCAGCGCGCUGACAAUAACAAACUACUAUUCAUUUAAGAUUGA